UCUCUGCUACUGCUACAGGCUACAGUAAGCUGUCAAUUUGUUUUUACAUCAACAAAACAAAAUUUCACAAAUUUUACGCUAGCGUUUAAUUUUGGUGAUUUUCAAUCCUGCAUCCAAAUCCUCAUUAUGGUUGUUCCGUUGGAAACAUCCCGGGACGCGGUCCUGGAAUUGAUGACGCAGAAGAAUGCCAUCGAACAAAAAAUCGCAGAACAGGGUAAAAUUCUCGAAGUGAAUCGAGUGGGAAUGACCGACCCACUGGUGGAUGAUUCUGGUUUUCCGCGAAACGACAUCGACGUUUACCAGGUGCGACAGGCUCGGCAUAAGAUAAUUUGUCUCCAGAAUGAUCUGAAGGCACUGAUGAAACGGAUCGAGCAGGGACUGCACACGGUUCACGCCCAGACGUCCUCUCAACGGCAGGAGCAUCUUACCUCGACCAAACUGCAGGCGUUAGAGCUCGAAGAAGAUGGCGAAAACGGUUCGGCGUCGGGACUGCGGCAUUCGAUGCGAGCGAUUCGAUCUCAGCCGGUGAAACCGAUCGCCAAGGUCAAUGUGGUUAGCGAAGGGUCCCCGGCAGAGGACGCUGGCAUCGCACUGCGAGACGAAAUCGUGGAGUUUGGAACGAUCAAUGCAGGCAAUUUCCGAGAUUUGUCGCAGAUUGGGGCCGUGGUACGAAGUUGCGAAAACAGGAUUGUUCCGGUUAAGGUUCGCCGCGAUGGGAAGCUGAUAGAGCUGUCGCUCACGCCCAAGAGUUGGAGCGGACGGGGCUUGCUCGGUUGCAAUAUCGUACCGAUCGAUUCCGCUCAACGUUAAGGAAGCGUUCGGUUGUUUAUUUUUAUUUUAUAUGAAAUUGGAAACACACAAGCUUGAGUUCACGAUAUAAUCGUUAGCUUUA